UGCUGACAUGAUCGGCUAUCGAAGUUAUUUUUAGAGAAAGCAAAAUGGCGAAUCAAGGGACAGUUUCUCGUAGUAGAAGACACAAAUGGUCCAUAGAUUUUACUUCACGAAUCAAAAUGGACAGGCAAUGCCAGCCUAUUCCAGAUUUACCCGCUCCUGUUGGUUACUCUGAGAGGGCUCUGGCCGACGUGACUGUGCAUGACACAGAAUCCAGUUUGGCUGUCAAGAAAUAUUGGGAUGUAGCUCUUGGACCCCUGAAGCAGUUACCCAUGAACUUGUUCAUCAUGUACAUGUCUGGUAACUCCAUCUCCAUAUUCCCGAUCAUGAUGGUAGGAAUGAUGGUCUGGCGCCCCAUACAAGCCCUCCUUGCAGUCAAAACCACCUUUAAGAUGUUAGAUCCCAGCCCCCAGUCACUAAUCCAGAAGAUAGUCUACUUCAUGUCUAACCUAUUGGGCAUCGCAUUAGCACUGUACAAGUGUUCUUCCAUGGGUUUACUACCGACGCAUUCAUCAGAUUGGCUGUCAUUUCUGGAACCACAAGAGAGAAUGGAAUACUCUGGAGGUGGCAUCAUUCUCUGAUUAAUGCAGGCAUCCCGAUGUCCAAAAGUGUAUGAAUGUAUUUAAUGAACAUGAUUUGUGUCAUUCAGUAAGAAUAUAAAAUUACUACCUGGAAAUUCAUAUUUUAUUCUGUUUUAUUUUAAGUACAGUCGACUCUCGUUGAUACAAACUGGGCCAGUUUGUUAUAUAAGAAUUUUGUAUAAAGUGGAAUGCCGAUACCAUUUAGUGUGCACAUUAAUGCACGGUCGGGACCGAGGCUUUAUGUUUGCCAUAAACAGAAUUUGUAUAAACAGAUUUUUUAACAAGAGUCGACUGUUUGUCAAUAUUUGUCAACUACAAACUGAUCUGUUGUACAUCGGCUGGUCAUAAUUUGGUGUUUGAAAACUUAUGAUACUAUGAUUAAGUACUUUUAGCUUGAGUUUUUAAUGAGACAAAAUGGCUCAAAAGAUGUGAUGGUCUGCAUCAGUCAUGUGAAUUUGCCAGUUAAUAACUGCUGUGUGAAAUCACUACUUGCCGUUCCCUCUUAUUUGAUUGCAUAGUCACAUAGUGUGAAUGUUCACCAUAUUGUACAUGAGCUAGUUAAGGUUUGCGGUAACACCAUGUAGAAAUCUCUUUUGGGAAGAUGUGUGGUUCCGAAAACAAUCGGUGGCUUGUCUUUCCAGAACCACAUCUUCUCAAAAGAGAUUUCUACAUGGUGUUACUGCAAACCUUCACUACAUGUAGCUCAUACCACCACCAUGCAAAGUUUCAAAUCUUACAUAUUGUACAUACAAUUUUGCUGUGUUUAUACAUGUAGUAAUCCGCAUUCUUGUAUUUAUCAGUCCCUGUUCAUUCUGCAUGAACAUACCCAAAUUAAUUUUCAAAUUAAAAACCUGUUGCUCUGGUUGAGGACGGCCAGUCUAAUAAACCACAUGUAUCAAUCA